AGGUUCGUGUCGCGAUGGCGGCGCUCUCAACAUUUCCACUCUUUUAGCAAAAACACGGAAAAUACAGCUUGUAGGAUGGAUCCCGAUACUGGGGCUGACACCCAGAAAGCCGUGAGUUUGCAGUGGAAAAGUUACAAACUUGUACAGGAUCCAGCCACUCGCCGCGUUACACAGAAAAUCUACAGAUACGAUGGAGUUCACUUCAGUGUCCCGGAUUCUGGGUUCCCUCCUGUGGGAGACCUGCGGGACCCCAGGCCUCGAAGACUUUGGUCUAGAUGUAAAGAGAUGUCCCUCCCAGUGCCAAAGUUUAAGCUGGAUGAGUUUUACGUGGGGCCAAUUCCGCUCAAAGAGGUGACAUUUGCUCGACUCAAUGAUAACAUAAAGGAGCCGUUUUUGGCGGAGAUGUGCGCAAAGUUCGGGGAGGUAGAGGAGAUGGAGAUCCUAUUCCACCCAAAGACGAGGAAACAUCUAGGUCUGGCCCGAGUCCUGUUCACGAGCACCAGAGGAGCCAAAGACACAGUCAAACAUCUGCACAACACCACUGUGAUGGGAAACCUCAUCCACGCUCAGCUUGAUAUCAAAGGCCAGCAAAGGCAGAAGUACUACGACCUGAUCGUGAAUGGGUCGUAUACUCCUCAGACGGUGCCGCUCGGAGGAAAAGCGCUCAGCGACCAAACGAGAGUCCAGCCCCCAGCGCCGGCUCAGACGCAGCCUGACACGUCCUCAGAGAUCCGACGGCGUCUGUCCAGUGAACUCGCUGUGUUAGCCGCUGGAGUCCAGGCGCUCACGGCAGGAAACUUGCCACCGGCACCACCCUCUGACCCAGGCUUCAGCGAGCCUCGUCUGGACACGCCCGGCUCCGCCUCUUCGUCUCAGGGCAGAACAGGAACGCCGCACAGCUCACGUUCCGGGACGCCAUUUUCUCAAGACUCAGGAUACGCUGAGAACAGACACAGCAACUACAGCUCCAGCUCUGGAUACCCUCCACAGGACAUGCUCCCCUCUUCCUCCUCCUCAUCCGCCGUCUCCUCCACCGUGGGCGGGUACAAAGUCUCACGCUACCCCGACGACCUUCAGGACUCAUCUGUGCAUUACCGCGGCCGCCCCAUCUAUCCCCCGACCUCUGGGUACCGCCCCAACGAACCGCCCUGCUACCCGCCUCCGUACCCCAACAUGAGUGGGCCGCAUAUGUCCCAUCACUCCGGGAUGCCCCCUCCUCCACACCAGUAUGAGCAGGACCGGGAGAGGGAGGGGAGGUACGGAGCUCCCGGAAGUGUUAGCUCGCGGAGAUCGUCGUAUCACCACCAGGACUCAAACUCCUCGUCCUCUUCGAAAUACUCGCACCAUUCGCAUCAUCAUCGGGAGGAGCGAGGAUACAGUAGGAGGGACAGUACCGGGUCCAGAUCGGGGGACCACGGACGGCACCACCGUAACCACCACCACUCGCACAACCACAGCAGUGGUGGCGGGCGAAGGCGGAGCAGCCAUGAUAGGGACCGUGACCGCGAGCGAGAUAGCGAAUACUCCAACAAUGACCCGCGUUACAACUCUCACCGCUCCUCCUCCAACAGCCUGUCUCCCCCGCCCUCCGCCUACAAAGACUCCACUCCAACGCAGGACUCCAGGCUGGGGCAGUGCACAGAGAGAGUCGCCCCUGCUCCUCCACCCUCCUCCACCGCUGAAAAGGACCAUCACCAUGCGCUGCCUCAAAACCCACCAGCUCCGCCCCCUCCUCCUCCACCCCUCCCACCCGCUUCUGUCAUUGCCGCAGCGGUCGCAGAGUCGCUAGAUUUCACACAAGUCCAGGUCCAGGAGAGCCCCAAGGAGCAGUGGACCAAACCCAAACGCAGACCCAGCACUCCGCCCAUUCCGCCCAAAACUCCACCCCUCAACAAGACUCCACCCCCUCCCGCCAUCUCGUCCUCCGCCACAUCACCGACCUCCACCUCCCUCCCUCUACCUCUGCUUGCAAGCUCUCCGCCGCGCCCACGAGACUCCUCCCCCGAGCCCGAUUCAACCAAUGAGAGCCUGCCGUUCGUCUACCACAGCAGCAGCCUGGACUCUCGAAUCGAAAUGCUCUUAAAGGAACAGAAGGCCAAGUUUUCGUUUUUGGCGUCGGACGAGGAAGACGAGGAUGGACAGAGGAGAGACGGGGAGCGGAAGGUCGGAGAGGGGGAGCAGAGCCAAGGAGGAGAGGGAGGAGAAAAGGAGCGGAGGAGAGGAGAGAGGGGGAGGAAGAGAGGGAAGGGAGGAGGAGGAGAGGGGAGGAAGAGUCCGAAUGUGCUACAGACAGCCAUGCCCCCCUCCUCCUCUUCACACCCAGAGCCUGCCCCACCCCCAGAGGAGAACCAGGCCUCUCUUCCCGGGUCCACAGCCCCAGAGGAGGACAGCUCUCAGGCAACUGCAGUCGACUCUCUCCCUCGGAGCGGAGCCCACACGCCUCCAUACAAUGGACAGAGCCAGCCGUCCCCUCACUCGUCCGGUGAAGACAUGGAGAUCUCAGACGAAGAGGAGGGCGAGACAACCUCCAUCUCCACGCCGCACACAGCUCCGCCCCCUGGCUCCUCCCCCUCCUCUGCCCAGCCAAGCUCCGCCUCUCAGACCGUCCACCCCACAGACGGCUCCUCUUCCCCUCCUCCCGACUCCUCCUCCUCCCAGCACUACUCUGGCUCCAUGCACCCGCCCAUGCCCUCCUACCCGCCCCACCUGCCCCCGCCCCCUCCGCCCGGGUACUCGCUCCAGCCUCCUCCUCCCCCGGGUAUCCCCCCCCUCGCCCACAUGGAGCUGCAUCCUGAGUAUCCGCCUCCCAUGCCGCCCCCUCACCUGUACGACUACGCCUCGUCCAUGGAGCUGAUGAGCCAGUACAGCGGAGGGGCGCCCAUGUCCUUCCAGAUGCAGACGCACAUGUUGAGUCGACUGCACCAGAUGAGGGUGGCGGCCUCGAGCGCCACACCAGGCCUGACCCCGGGGCCAGGAGAGGGCGCUACAGCGGAUUACAGCUCGUACCACCUGCACUCGAUGCCCCCUCCCCCUUUCAUGGAGCAGGAGGGCAGCAGCUCCCACUACGACCAGGACCACAGAUAUAUGCCUCCGCACGUGCCGUACCCAUACCACCCGGACCCUCACAGCUCUCAGCUCCCUCCCCCUCCUGUGCCCCCCCCUCAUGGACUGCCCCCUCACUCCUGGCCCCCCCUCCCCCCACACUUCCCCUUCAUGCCUCCCCCGGGCUACGGCACUGUGCUGCCCGCCUCUCAGGAGGGCGGUGCGGGCGAGGGGUCAGAGUACCGUGGCGUGCCUGGAGAAGACGCUCAUCCUCUGGCUGAGAACCCGCACGAGGCCACAGUGCAGCUGGUUCUGGCCUCUCUGAUCCAGGAGAUGAAGAACAUUAUGCAGAGGGAUCUGAACAGGAAGAUGGUGGAGAACGUGGCCUUCAACACGUUUGACGAGUGGUGGGAACGCAAGGAGACCAAGGCCAAGCCGUUCCAGACGAUGGUUCGAGGCGUCUCUGCUCUACGCGACGAAGAGAAGAAGGAGGAGAAGCUGAGCCGACCCCGAGAGCCGCUCAUGAGCCUCGUGGACUGGGCUAAGAGCGGAGGAGUGGAGGGCUUCAGCCUGAGGGGGGCGCUGCGCCUGCCCUCGUUCAAGGUGAAGAGGAAAGAGCCUCAGGAGCUGCAGGAGGGAGACAUGAAACGGCCCAGACCCCAGACUCCUCCUGAAGACCCAGUUGAGAGGAGGAGAGCAGAGGAGCGACAUGCCGCAGAGCGAGAUAACAAACGCAGGAAAAAGAAGCCGAGGAACAGGAAGCCAUGGGAGCUGGACAGUGAAGGAGAGGAGACGUCAGACGGCUCGGACGAGGACAAGGAUGAAGAGGAGAGUGAGAAGGACUCAGAUGACGAGGCGCUCAGUGCGGACAGUGACGAUGAGAGCCUCUCCUCUUCCUCCGGCUCCUCCUCUGGCUCCUCCUCCUCCGAGAGCGACGAAGAGGAGGGAGAACGCCUGGACACUGACCCCGACACCAUGGACGAAUCCACCAUGGACAGCACUGCAGACAGGAGUAAGAUGGCCUUGGUUGGUACCAGUCUCGAUGUUCGAACAGGUGAAGCCAGACCGAUCAAACCCGAGCCGCCCAGCACAACUUCAGACUCCGCCUCCAAACGCCCUCCCUCUCCCCCCUUCCCUCGCCCCUCGUCCCCCGUUAUCCUGGUCCCUCCGCUCAAAAAACGCAGGAAAAACGUCUCAUUUUCCACAGACGACUUCGACCCCAAACCAGCUCUUCCCGCCGUACCCCUUUCCACCUCUGUGCCCGAACCGUGCCCACCUUCGCCAGCCCGCUCCCUGGACACGCCCUCCUCCGUCACCUCCGGAAAACCCGCACAUGGAAUCCAGCUUCUACCAUUCGCGUCCAAACCGGGAUCUGGGAACGCGCUCAUCCUUCCCCCAGCACACGAACACGAAGAUUAUAAAAAAGGCCUCCCGAUCUCUCCUCCUCCGGCAAAAUCUCCAAACAAACGCAGUAAAGACUCUCCGAAAUCCCCCAUUAUCACUCCUCCUCCAAUCAUGGUCUGUAGAACUGUUCAAAACUUACCUCUGGAUCACGCUUCCAUGUGCAAGCUCGCCUACGAAGAAGUCCCAGCUCCUCUUCCUCCUAGUAGCAAACGAGGUAAGGGAAGACAUCGCACCACAAGCCAAUCAAACCUCCACCCUUUCCGGGAGGAGGACGAGGACGAGAGCCGGCUAAGAGGGGCUUCGAGUCUGCUACAGCUUGCCGCGACGCCUACGGCAGAUUUGUCCGUUUUGGCUGAUGUGGCAUUGAAAAUGGACCCAGAUGCGGGAGAUUCCGAGGAAACCGAAACAUCAGACGAAGCGGAGGAGCACAAAAUGGAGGAUCCAUACUGUCCCGAGGCAUUGGCGGUCAGCAUGUCUCCAGAAGGCGUCCUGGUUUUCAUCGAGCACAGCUACUGCAAACCUCCGCACACCGCCCCCUAUCUGCGAAGAACGUCCAAACAGGAGUCGGUGUUGCUGCCUGCGGAUCUGAACACGAUUUCGGGAGUGUUGGAAGCGCCAGAAGAGGUGAUCGAAGAUGCUGAGAGGGAUGUGGCCGACUACACGGCGCAGAUUUUGGCAGAGGAGGAGCGUCACGGGCAGGCCAAAAAGAAGGGAAGAAAGAGCGGCUUCGAACAGGAGAAAGAGAGGAACAGGAAGAGACGGAGGGACAAGGAGAACGUGGAGCACACGAAGAAACGCAAAGAGCCUCAGAGCAAAAAGCAGCGCAAGAGGAAACCAGAGGAUUCAGAUUUGGAGGAGGACGUGGAUGUGGAGGAGCUAGAGUCCGGAGAGCUGAGUAGUUCUUCCGACUCUGGUGAGGAGCUGGUGAGGAGAGGCGGAGAGGAGGUGAGGAAGAGCGAGAGACUCUUCCUCCAGGACGCCGGUAUCUCCAAACACACGGACCUCCCCUGUCCCCCUGUCCCCGCCCCCCUCAAGUUCGAGAACCGCAGCGAGUUUGAGCAGAUGACGAUCCUCUACGACAUUUGGAAUUCCGGUUUGGACGGAGAAGAUUUGGGACUGCUCAGGAAAACCUACGAGAAGCUCCUUCAGGACGACCAUGGCUCCGACUGGCUCAACGACACGCACUGGGUCGGACACACUGUGACGAACCUCCCUACGCCACGGAGAAAGAAGAAGGCUCCGGACAGUACGCUCCGGGAGCACGUGACCGGAUGUGCUCGGAGCGAAGGAUACUACGCCAUCAGCAGAACGGAGAAGGACGUGUACCUGGACCUGGAUCUGCCCGAGCAGGUCAUCAGGGAGGUGGAGAACACCGACACCACGGGAACAAAUCGGGUGCUGUCAGAGCGACGCUCAGAACAGCGCCGCCUGCUGACGGUCAUCGGGACUCCGGCCACCAUGGACUCGGACCUGCUCAAACUGAACCAGCUCAAGUUCAGGAAGAAGAAGCUGCGUUUCGGGCGAUCGCGGAUCCACGAGUGGGGCCUGUUUGCCAUGGAGCCUAUCGCUGCUGACGAGAUGGUCAUCGAGUAUGUGGGACAGAACAUCAGACAGAUGGUGGCUGAUAACCGAGAGAAGCGUUACGCGCAGCAGGGCAUUGGCAGCAGUUACCUGUUCAGGGUCGACCACGACACCAUCAUCGACGCCACCAAGUGUGGAAACCUGGCCCGUUUCAUUAACCACUGCUGCACCCCCAACUGUUACGCCAAAGUCAUCACCAUCGAGUCUCAGAAGAAGAUCGUAAUCUACUCGAAGCAGCCGAUCGCCGUCAACGAAGAGAUCACGUAUGACUAUAAGUUCCCCCUGGAGGAGAACAAGAUCCCCUGUCUGUGUGGGACCGAGAACUGCAGAGGAACGCUCAACUGAGGCUGAGGAACCUCAAGAGGAAGAGGAACCCACAGAGGAACCCGUCACUGAGGCGAGUCUGGCCACGAGAACCGACAAGGAAUGCUCCGACAACAUGGCCACCUGCACUGCAAAAAACAAAAAAAACAAAAAAAAAACUAUCAGGGUUUAAAUGGCUUCAAUUCACUAUACUUGAUUUGAGUAGUUUUGACCAGUUUCUUCUAGUGCUGCGGCAGACUAAAAAAUUUUGUUGGACUAAAGACGUGCUGCCGAUUGAUUGGUCGACUAAAAGGGGGUGUGGCCAAAGCUCUCAAAAUUAUUCCAUAUCUGUGUAUAUGACCCAAACUGCACUUACAACACUACACCUGCAGGGGGAGCUCAUGCAAAAAGUACUAUUUAUGCAGAAAAAGUACUCAAAACAAUGUAUUUACAUAAAGGCAGAUUAAACUUGUGAAUCGCGACUUUAUUCUGAUUUACAUAGAAAUAUAUAAAAUAAUUGGUCCCCUAUUUAUAUUAUCAUUCAUUUCUCCUCUGUUAUGGAUAAUUUGAAGCCACAGUCGCCCUGGGGCAGACUGAGAGAGACAUGGCUGUGCUCACUCUUCUGUAAUCACUUAAACGCAUUCACACACACUAGCUGGCUUCAAACUACAGACCUUUCAGUUAUAGGGUUAGGGUGACUAUCGCCUGAGCCACUGUCGCUCUGGGGCAGACAGAGAGAGAGGUGGCUGCCAAUUUGCGUCCAUUCUUCUCUAGUCACUCAAAUUCACACUGUCGCUGGCUUCAAACCACAAACCUUCCAGUUAUAGAACAACUGCUGUACCGCCUGAGCCACUGUCACCCUGAAUAAAACCAUCAAAAUGAAAAAAAAUAUAUAAGUAGGCAGGUUGGAAAUACAAUCAAAUAAAAUGGACUUGCUCUAGAUUAACUCAGUUUAAGUCAAAACUACUCAGAUUUCUGAAUGAGUCGUUUUUGCUCCUGUGGUGUUUUUUUUUUGCAGUGCUCACCUCCUUCACCAGCUCCAGACCAGGAUCCCGAACGCACCAAAAGCACUUUCACUUCUGCCGCCGCCAUUUUCUGGUUUAAACGUCCUCAAAUAUAUCUGUUGAUUGCAAAAAAAAAAAAAACUAUAAAAAAAAAAACUAGAUUGGUUAAAAUGACUUGAAUUCUUAAACUAAACUGAUUUGAGUAUUUUUAAAGAGGGGGUAUUAUACAAAUAUUUAUACUUUUUUUUUUUUACUUUCUACCAUGUUAUGAUGCUGUUCCCUCAUCAAAAACAUGCCUUAAGAGGUUUUACUUUGAGUAGUUUAGCGAUCUCUCCCAGGCCCUAUUCUAACCCUCUUUACGUUUGCUGUAAGAUUCUGUACAAGGCUCCGCCCACAAGUCGACAUCACCCAUGCUCCCACACGACAACUCUCCAUAAAUAUAUAAAAACAUGAUUCAAAACUGUACACAGCAGCUUGACAAACCUGAUGUGAUGUGCAGUAGUUUCAUUAGUGGGAUGUACUCUGAUUGUGUUGAUAGUGCUCUGAAGGGGGGUGACUUAGCACAGAGAGCAAAGGGAGGGGAGACUUGGAGCAUUCAAAACAAAAGUGAAACUUAUAAAACAUGUUAAUACGUUGUUUUUGGUUGAAAUAUAGCAUUUUCAAAACAACAAAUGGUAACGUGGUGAUCUAAGUAUGUCACGUGUUAGCACUUAAUACCCCACAGAAUCAAAUACCUCCUCUUUAACUAGUUUAGAUUAAUUUUAAACACAAUUGAAUUAUUAUAUAUUUUUAUUUAAACUCAUCCUGUUUUGGCCAAUGACACUAAUCAAAACUUCGAAUUCAAGUCAUUUUGGUUUAUAGUGUUCAAAGUCCUGUUGACGUCACAUCUUUUUCCUCCAAAAAUCAAACUAAAAACUGCACAGAUUUCAAAAUUCAGGGUUUUUAAAAACGCUUUUAAAAUAUGAACGAUUUGGAAUUUAUUUUUACACAAGUUUGAGACGAUCGUUUUGGAGCCUUCCUCUGUUUUCAUCGCGUUAAAUGUUGUGUUUUUUGUUUCUGUAGCCCUAAAACCCCUUUAACAAACUGGGCGAGAAUAAAUUGAAGUGACAUUUUGGCCCAACACUACAAAAAAAGAAAAAAGAAUUAUAUUUUACCGCUCAUGUGUCAGUGUCCAAGUUUCGUCUUUAACCGGAGCGGCCAUUUUGAACUUCCACAGAGAUGCUUUUUGUUGGAAGAUUUCUGACCAAAGAAAACGCUGCAAAAGAGUGAAAACAUGUCAUAUUAAUGUGAGUGGUGUUUCAGGAGUUUUAUAUGUGGUUUACCUUUGGUCCACUCUGAUCUUUAAGGCGCAAUGAAAUGAGAUUUUGUUUUGACUCAAGUCGUGCACCGUAGACUGUGUAUAUAAGUGGACAUAGCUAACCUGUUAACCGCCGUGUUCUAAAUAGGAAGUGAGCAUAUGUUUGUAUUAACCCGCUCUACAUGAUCCUCUUGUUUUUAUUUCACCAUUGUGUCCUUAAAUCAAGAUAAGAACAUUAAUAACAGACAAAUCUGACCCCGAACUCACUCCUGUUAGCUUUAGCAAAAGGCUUUAUUGACUCCCUGCUAAACCAGUGUUGUGGGCGGUAAGGGGCGUUUCCUUCUACAGCCUCGCUCCGGAUUGGCUCUUUGGUUGCUAUGAUACUCGCAGUUGGAAUUCCUAAUAUGGCACUCGGCUCUAAAUUGGCCCCUGUAACUGCUCUACCCUCGAUCAGCUUCAUUUGACUGAAGCUGAACGCUGUGGGUGACGUCACACUCACUCACAUUCACUUUGUCCACUUUUUUACACAGUCUAUGGCCUGGACUUAAGACAUGAGCUGUUUGGCAAAAAAGGGGGCGUGGCAAAAGCACUCACUUACAGAUGAGACCAGAGCGUAGACGGUGUGUAAACAGGUUUCAAAAUGGCCGCUCUUUUUUUUUUUUUUUUUUUUUUUUGAGUUUUGUGUCACUGUCGCUCAGCCCUGUUCUUCAGUGUUUUUCUGUCUGACACUUGCAAACUUUUGUCAACUUCAACUUUUCAGCGAUUUGAUUCAGUUCAUACAAACAAAAAACACAUGUUCAAACCUGAUUGGGGAAGGAAAACGGAUGGAUCACUAUUUACGACUUAAAAGGACGUAUGAACACCGCAAAAAUCUACUGGAGUUAAAUGAGUUGGAUUACAAGUAGAAGCUUUAAUUUUUAAAUGGUGGAUUUCUUUUCCAAAGUGAAACGCAAGAAAAAUAUGUUAAAAUUAUUAAAAUAUUCUACAUUUCAAAGGUAAAAUAUUUAGUUAAACCUGCUCAAAUCAAGAUGGAUCGGGUGAAUUUGGUCAUAUUUUUAAGGCAAAUUACCUCGUAGUGGAGAAAUAUAGUUCAAAAGAUUUAAAAUCAAAACUGCUCAUUUCCAGAUUUAAAUAAAAUAUAAUUCUUGUACUUUCUGCAGUUAUUUUAUGCAGUGCUGAGCUUCAAACCUGCAGUCAUGUGGCGUACUCAUUUGCUGUAUGUUGUUUUAAGCCAGAUGCCCUUCCUCUCGUAUCAGCACUGGGACAAAAACUUCUCUGGUUUAAAAUUCCCUGGAUACUUUCAAAAUUCAAGUUAUUUUUUGGAAAUUUUAAAGAGAUAAUUAUAUUUUUAUAAUUUGGAAAAA